AUGAGUACUGAUGAUUCCUCCCGAAAAACAUCGAGAUACGAUAAAUUAGCAAAACCGAAAUUUAAAAUAGAGAAGACAAGCAACGUUAAUCCGUACAAGAUAAAACCUUCGGCCUUGUCUUAUCAGAUAACAGAUACGUUGAACAAACUUGCACAACCUAAACGAAAAUCUGAUGUAUACGAAUAUCCUAGUUCAUCGGCACGAACCAGUAAUUCACCAAACGCAGAAAAAUCGAUUAAGAGAAAAUUGAUAAACAGUAGCGAAGAAUCGAGAAAAAUCAAUGAUCUUGGAAGGAAACAAAAUCUUUUGCAUUCUUAUGCUCGUAUAACUGCAACGAGAAACAGACGUUGUCCUAAACGUUUGCGUGAAUUAUCUAAAUCAAAGAACAAUUCUCUUGACAACGAUAACGUUUAUGGAAAUUUCGAUAAAAAUUAUUAUCAUUCUGUGAAGAAUUUAACGCCAAAAACUAAUCUUACUUAUGGAAAUCAACAGAAAAAAUAA